UUAGCACAAUCAGUCAAUCCAACUCGUUCAAUCCAUCCAAAUUUUCGGCGAUCAUUUGCUACUAUUACUAAUCAACCUAAACAUUCGAUACCUGAUCCGAAAGAUUGUUCUAAAAUAACACCAAACUAUGCAAAGUUGAUUGAAAAUUUGUCAAUUGUUCGCAAAAGAAUUGUUGGUGAUCAACCUUUGACUUUAGCUGAAAAAAUAUUGUACGCUCAUAUAUGGGAUCCAAAAGAAAUUGAUAGUAUUGUCAAAGGUGAAACUUACUUGAAAUUAAAACCUGAUAGAGUGGCGAUGCAAGAUGCGUCAUCUCAAACUGCCAUUCUUCAAUUUAUGCUUGCUGGAAUGCCAUCAACGGCUAUUCCAACGUCUAUACAUUGUGAUCAUUUGAUUGAGGCACAUGAAGGUAGUGACAAAGACCUGAAGACUGCUGAAAUAACAAGUAAAGAAAUAUUUGAUUUUUUAAAAAGUGCAUCUGAAAAAUAUGGAAUAGAAUUUUGGAAACCAGGAAGUGGAAUUAUUCAUCAAAUAGUUUUGGAAAAUUAUGCCGCUCCUGGUGCUCUUAUGAUUGGAACUGGUAAUUGA